AUUCAACUUCCAUCCGCUCCUUCGACACCCAAGCCAAAGACAAAAGACAAGUCAGACAUCGAAUCGACCUACCGAUACCCUAACUACUACUUUGACAGCCAAAAAAUACCGAAACAGGCCGGAUCCGACCAGUAUUUCUCCAAACGUGUCUCAGAAACAAUGAGAUUCACUAUCACCUCUAUUCUCACACUUGUCGCAGUUGCAUUCGCAGCGACUAUGCCUCAGAAAGCCGUCAUCAUUUCAUAUCCCGAUAACACGCCAACAAAUGUAAUUGAUGACGCUAUGGCUGCGAUCAAGGCUGCUGGAGGAAUGAUCACACACGAAUACAAGCUUAUCAAGGGAUUUGCGGCAAAAGCACCAGCAAAGGCUCUAGAGGCUGUCCAAAUCGCUGGCAAUGACUGGCACGCGGUCAUCGAGGAAGAUCAGAUGGUUUCGGUCAAUGGCGGAUUGUAA